GCCAGAGUAAUAAAAAGGGGCACCACAAGAACGGUGCUCAGGCGCCUUCCACUUCUACUAGGUACGCCCUAGGAAACAGCAAUUCUCUUCAGACAGCUCUUUAUUUCCUGAAACUUUAUCUGCGGAAAGUGCCGACGACGGUGAGUGCGGCUCAACAUGGCAACGGUGAAACUGCUUAUUCUCGUCUUCUUCGUGGCGGCAUCUGCCGCUUCCUACUCCUCGAGCAGUGAAUGCGACUUUUCUGGCCUUGACCUGGAUGGUGGGGUGGAGUAUAUCCUCUCCACAUUUCCAAGAAACUUCACCCUCAGCGAAGAAACAUUUCGACCUAUCUUCAAGGGUUUGGAAGUUGGCGCCGUGAUCGUGGCUGGUAUGAACAGAAUCAAGCGGUACGGUGCCUUGAAACCCUUCUGCGUGGGCAGUCAGCGCUUCUUGGAGGUGGACUUCAUCAACAACGCAGAGGUAGCCUUCUACGUUCCCUGGCGUACGUGUUCGGGCAACGAGGGUAAAGUGAUGAUGCACGCCGAGUUCUCACGAUUCACGGUCAUCUUUCGCGUGGACAGAGGAGGCUUCGCCGAGAAAUUUGUUCUCCGCUACGAAGGAGAUACAGUUCCCGUCAACACGCACAACGUUCACCUGAUCAUCGAAGGCGCCGGACAAGUUGGUAGGAUCUUUAGCGGAAUUCUCAGCAGGGUUCUGUCCUCGUAUGCGACUGAACUGUGGAAUGACGAGUUCUUUAGUGUGUUCAGAACCUCUGUUCGCAAAGCGCUCGAAUAAAUGUAAGUCAUAUAUUUCAUGCAGCUGAUAUUGCCAACAAAUUCGGCGUCACAGAUAACAUGAAUUCAUGCGUGAUUGUCAAGGCCGAAGGUGUUUUU